AUGGCGCACCCGAUGUACGGCUCCGGGCCGCUCCGAUCCAGGAACGCGGCCAACUCGGAGGAAAUCCAGCUGCGGAUCGACCCGGUGCACGGGGACCUCGACGAGGAGAUCGACGGGCUGCACUCCAGGGUCCGCAUGCUCAAAGGGGUGGCCCAGGAGAUAAAUUCUGAAGCCAAGUUCCAGAAUGAUUUUCUGCAUGAACUGCAAAUGACCCUUGCAAAAGCUCAGGCUGGAGUGAAGAACAACAUGCGGAGGUUGAACAAGAGCAUCAUCCAGCAGGGCUCAAACCAUGUUCUCCAUGUUGUCCUCUUUGCACUGUUUUGCUUCUUCGUUGUCUAUCUCUUGUCAAAGUUCUCUAGAAGAUAG